UAACCCCAAGAACAAAUUUUACAAAUGGCUGAAAAAGGUCUGUCUGAAAUUGUGAUUGUUUAGCGUUCACGAUUUUACCAUUUAUUUGGGAACCUACUUCAGCCCUAAAGGAUUAAUAAAAAGUGAUAUUAUGACGACAGCAGGUUUCAUUUGUGCUUCAAUCAAUAGUUAAAAAGAUUGACGUUCAACUAACCUCAAUUUAUUAGUAAAAAUGGAGCUUCCGCAGCCACCGCAAGAUCAAGAUCUUCGUAAUAUAAUCGACAAACUCGCACAAUUUGUCGCCCGAAAUGGCCCGGAGUUCGAGAAGAUGACCAAGAACAAACAAAAAAACAACCCGAAAUUCAGCUUCCUGUACGGCGGAGAAUACUUCAACUACUACCAGUACAAAGUGACCACAGAGCAAGCAAUUCUAAAGCAAUCCGCCGGUGGCCAGGUGGCACCCGCUCCGGCCGGGGCUUAUAUGGCACAGAACAGGCAAUAUGUAAUGCCCCAACAGGCCGGCGCGUCGCCCGCAGCGCUGGGCCUGGCGGCGUCGAUGGCGGCGGCGCCGGCGCUGCAGCAGUGGCUGGCGGCCAACUCGGCGCCCGCGCCCGCGCCGCACUCGCAACACGACGUCGACAACGUCAAUGUCCAGAUCAACAUGCUAAAAGAGCAAAUAACUCAAUCGGAAAACAAUCUCAAUGCUCAGCACACGGUGUUAAUUCAGCAGCAGCAGGCUAAAAUCAAUGAGCUAGUGAGCAAGGCGCAAGUGGAAAAAAUCCAGAUGAUGGCCGAGGAGAAUAAAAUCAGUCUGCCUGAGCUGGACGGCAUACUGCAGCCUAUCAUAGACACAUGCACAAAAGACAGCAUCUCUACAGGCAAAGGCUGGAUAUUGCAGCAUGCCACGUCUCACGACGCGGGCAAGGUGAUAUCGCAGCACCUUCUGCGGAAAGUCACCCAGCCGGGCGCGCCGUUCUCGCAGAAGCUACACAUCAUCUACCUCGUCAACGACGUCCUACACCACUGUGCUCGCAAAAACGCAGAAGAUUUGAAGAAAAAUUUGGAAAAUGUGGUGGUUCCAAUGUUUUGCAAUGCCAGUAUAGCCGUUACCGAAGAGCAGGAGGCUAAGCUUAACAAGCUGCUUCGGCUGUGGGAGUCCAAGUCGAAUUAUUUCGAGACCGCCGUUAUAGAGAAAAUGAAGAGCCCCACCAGCUCCUACCAAGAGUACCAGAACAACUUGAUUGCUCAGCACUCCAACGCUAUAUCACAUUUGACACAACAAACAAAAACCACAUUCGAAAACUACCAAACUCAACAUCAGGCUUUUGUGUCACACACAAUGCAACAAAUUCAGCAACUGGAAAUGCAGAAGCGAGCUAUCGAGAUUCAGAACAGUCAUGAUAACGACAACAUGCAGCAGCAAAAUAACAUGCAAAACUUCCAAAACAACAACUUCCAUGGUGAUCAGAACUUCUCGCAGAUGGGAGGCUACGAUCAUAACUUUAGCUCCAAUAAUCAAUACGGCAGCGAAAGUGGCGACAACUACCCAUCUAAUAACAGCAUGACUGGCAAUGAUAACAGUUAUGAUAGUCAAACUUUCGAUCAAAUCACAAAUCAGAAGAGAAAUGAUAUAGAAGAGCCAGAUUUGUCAAAUCUUCCAAAUGUCAAUUUCUCCCAACCGCCACCUGGAUUCAAGCCCAACGAUAAUUCAGCCCUGUUAGCAUUCCAAAAUGGUCUUCCAGACCUUAGUAAACCUCCUCCAGGCUUCCCUGCGUUCACGGAAAUAAACAAUGAUGACCUUAUGCCUUCUGUUCCCUAUUUCGAGUUGCCUGCUGGUUUAAUGGUUCCUCUUAUCAUGUUGGAAGACGACCGGUAUAGGCCCCUGGACCCGGCACGAAUCCGGCUGCCGCCGCCUGCGCCGCCUAACGAACGGCUGCUGGCUGCUGUCGACGCCUUCUACGCCGCACCCAACCACGAGAGGCCUAGAGAUAAUGAGGGAUGGGAGAAAUUAGGAUUAUAUGAAUAUUACAAAGCCAAAAACUCGGCGAGGAAAAACAAAGAAGAGGCAGUUGCGCAGGGGCUCAGGGAAAGGUCAAAGUCUCCGAGCCCCAUCCCCAAAGACUUACAAAAACAACCCACCCCGCCUGGCAGACGAUACAGGUCGAAAAGUCGAACGCCAGAGAAACGGUCGCCAGCUCGCUCAAAGUCGCGGUCGCCGUCGCCGCGCCGCAAAGCAGCAGCGGCAACCUCGGCAACCACUUGGAGACGAGAAAGAGACGGCCGCAGAAGAUCACGGUCGCGGUCGCGGUCGCGGUCGAGGUCGCGCAGCCGGUCGCCGCGGGAGCGCCACCGCGAGUCGCCGCGAUCGCGCCGCGUCGAGCGCUCGCGGUCGCCCACGCCCCCUAGUUUCCUUGGUGGUGCAGCUUAUCCCAGUACAUCCAGCGGCCUGGACCCCAGCAACAAGGGCCACCAGCUGCUUCAGAAGAUGGGCUGGAGCGCCGGCGGGCUGGGCGCGGCCGGGCAGGGCAUAGCCGAGCCAAUCAGCGGAGGCACAGUUAGGGAUAAGCAGGAUCAAUAUAAAGGUAUAGGCGUAAACUUAAAUGACCCCUAUGAAAACUUCAGAAAGAACAAAGGUGCAGCAUUUAUUACGAGGAUGAAGGAAAGAGCACUGGAGCGUUCAUCGUGAUCGCUGAUAUUAUGUUGUGUAAAUGUGUACAAUGAAAGUGUGUGGAUGGGUAUGAUUUAUUUUAUCUAAAUCAUCUUAAAAAUAAAGUUAUAUGAAUUUUU